AAUAGGUGGUUGAGGCGGAGACUCUGACAGAGAUAUUCCGAGACAAUCCUCAUCUGUGUUGCAAGGUGACCGAGACUGAAGUCCAGUAUUUCAUCAACUGCAUUGAGAAGAAACGACACGUGAAGUUCCUCCAGUUCCUCCAGACUGUGGUCCAGGGAGCCGGCAAGGGUCAACAGGGCAAAGGUCAACAGAGCAAGAUACAAGACAUGGUCAUGAACGAGUUGGCUAAUGCUGGAGACGAGGUUCUCCUCUUCUACAACGACAACUCCUUCAACACACUUGUGGGAUUGAUGAAAAUGGACGGCUCACUGUCAGAGGAUCUGCUGUACCAUAUAAACCUGGUGGACCUUCUCAGUGUGUGUACUGAGGGCAGGAACGUGACGACAGAGAUCAAAUGUCACUCUCUCCUGCCAAUGGACGAGGUAGUCAGAGUCCUGGUUCAUCCCGACUGCAUCCCUCAGGUUAAGAAUGUGUACAUCCGACUGCUGUACAGCUGUUACGUGGACUGUGGACUGGACAAUAAGGAGACUUUUGCAAAAGACCACAUGUGGAGUCUGUUUAACUCCUGUUGCACUGACAUUACCAAGAUUGUGAAGGCAGGACCACUGACCCCGGUAGACCCUGACUUGAAGACUUACGUCACUGUCCACAUACCAACGGUCAUGUACACCUUCUUUGAGUCCGGUCAGAUCUCCGCCCUCCUCAAAGUACAGGCUCACAGAGAGACUCUGCAGGAUCUGGUGGAGAGGAUGUAUGCUCUGUUCAUGAGUCGGUUUGUACAGGAACAGGAGAGUGACAGCCUGAGAGAGACACUUGAUCGCUGCAUCAAACUUCUCCACAAAUGCUGUAAAGAGGAGGUGAUUGUUCUACCUGGAAAACUGAGUGACAACAUCCAAGCCAUGUCCACAUCGAGAGGGGCAAGAACGAAAGGGCUGCUGUGGAAGAACAGGGUGUUGGAGAAGAAGAAAGCAACGCAGCUUAACCUGACUGGACCUCAGGAUAACAUCAACAGAACUAUCAUAGAUGGAGCCACCAACGUGAUGGCUCACCUUGGAGAGCAGUGGCAGAGUCUGACUCUGGCCGAGCAGAGUGUUCUGGUGGACAUCUUCCACUCUCCACAGUCCCUCUUCACCUUUGACAGCAAACCCUACCACAAGGCCAUGAACACCUUCUGCAAGAGUCUAAUAGAGCACAUGGACAGUGAGGUAUUUGCAAGUGAUGAGGAGCUGAGUGUCUAUGUCCUCAGGAACUUCAGAGGAAUGCUUGAAAAGAGAGUCGAUCUUGACGAGAGUGGUGUUCAGCUGAGGGUGAAGUUACUGAGAACCUACUGCAAUGUUGAAAUUUCUCUUCUACCUGUAGAGGAUACUUCACCUGAGGUUCUUAAUCUGGUGGCCAUACAAAACAAACUGAAGGACUAUGGCAUGGCAGAGCUGGUCAUCAAACAGAUAAUGACUAGUCCUCCGGCUCCAGUGUUUCUGGAAGCAAUGUUGCUGGGUGUGGCACUUCUGAAUGGUGGCAACAGAACCGUCCAGAGCUCUCUGUGGACGAAACUCAGCGAACCCAGCUCCGAGAAGUUCUUCCAGGAGAUCUACAACCACUUCGAGACCUCUCAGCAGGAGAUAAAGAGCAUGGGUCUUGUGAUACAGCAGGAGGGAGACAUUGUGUACGGUGCCACGGACGGAGGAUCCACUAGUCCUGCCGCUGACCUCUAGUACCGGUGGCCGCAGCAAACCUCUGGUGACUCAGCUGUCCACCCGCGACUUGCAUGACCAGUUGAGUUUUGUGGCCGCCAUGACCAGUACACAGACGUCCCGAUCUCGUCGCCGUGCUUCCGUUGUUAGCUCCUCCCCGGAGAAGGGGCUCGCCAAUCAGCUGAGUGUGGUUGCCGGGGCAAACAUGACCCCAGAACUCCAGUGUAUGAAACCGUUGCUCCGGUUUCUGCAGCUGCUCUGUGAGAACCACCACAGAGAGAUGCAGAACUAUCUUCGACAUCAGACCAACAGCAAGACUCCCUACAACCUCAUAGCAGACACGCUCCACCUCCUGGACUCCAUCUGUGGAGUCAGCACUGGCGGCCUCAUGUUGCUGAGUCUCUAUAUCAACGCCAAUAAUGCCUCUCUCAUCAACCAGUGUCUAGUCACUCUGACUGAGUACUGCCAGGGUCCCUGUCAUGAGAACCAGCGUUGCAUAGCGUCCAAUGAGUCCAGUGGUAUAGACAUCAUGGUCUCCAUCAUUCAGACUGACCUACCAGCUCUGGAGGAGCAGCCAGAACUGGCUCUCGAACUGAAGAGCAGUGCCAGUCAGGCUUUGUUGUCGGUGAUGGAGAGCCACCAGGACAUGGAGAUAGUUGAGAGGAUCUACAUGAAGAUUGGGAACCCCGAGCUAUUGUUGGAUGUGUGCAAGAGAGUGUACACUGCAAGACAAACAACUGACACCAUCUCUGAAGAAGCCUAUGUGGAGGUUGGUCACAAUAUCUACAUCCUGGCCUACCAACUGGCCCAGCACAAGAAGGACCUCAAGAGUGUGUGGACAGACCAUAGCAAAUGGGGAGACAAGGCUAUCAACUACUACACGAAACACACUGCACAAAUAGAGAUUGUUCGCAAGGAUCGAACUCUGGAGAAGAUUGUGUUCCCGGUGCCCCAGGAGUGUCAGUACCUGACAGACCAGUCAAAGGACGACGUGCUACAGCAGACAAAGUGCAACGAGCAAGGCAGCAAAGUGGACCACUUUUUCACCCAAAUUGAGGAUCUCCACAAUGAGAUGAUGUGUCAGCAGGCUUUGGAACAGCAACCUAUUGCAUUUGAUAUUGCACAUCACAUGAGGACCUGGUCCAGCAUCGCGUUCUACCUCGCAAUGUCCAUCAACUUCUUGGUGGCAUUAUUCUACCCCUUUGACAAAGGAAGUGACUACGUUGCUAGUAUAUCGCUGAAGACGUCGCUGUUACUCUGGCUGGUAUUCGGAGCAUGCUGCAUGUCUCUGCUUUAUCUGAGGACUUACUUCAAGCAGGUUCUGGUGCUGGUUGGGAUAUUGGCCAUUGUCAGGGCAGUCAUAACUCUUGGAAUUCAGCCGACUUUCUCAGUUCUCGGCUUUCUCCAGGUGAUGAACAAACUGGUGUUUAUAUUCAGUCUGGUCCUGAAUAAAGGCAUAUUACACAACCGUAAAACGUCUCAAUUUUCUCUCUUCUAUCGUGUGGUGGUCGGAGACAAUGAACUAUUGUACCACUGGUUCUACCUGAGUCUCUGUUUGUUCGGCUGGAUGGUGCACGAGUUUCUAUACUCCUUCCUGCUGUUUGACAUAGUGGCACGUUACGACACCCUGCGUAACGUCAUCAAGAGUGUGACUCGAAACCUCAAGUCCAUUCUCCUCACGGCCAUUUUGGCUCUCAUUCUCAUCUUUCUCUACUCCAUCUUUGGCUACAUCUUCUUCCCUGGGGACUUCCUUAUGCCAACUCACCCUAAUGACCUCCAGUCUUGCACCUCUGAGUCGUGUACAGAGCCUGACAAUGGCUGGGAAGUACACAUGGAGUCCAGUUGUAGCACUCUCUUCAUGUGCAUCAUCACCACACUCAAAGAGGGAGUGAGGGCUGGUGGAGGUAUCAGUGAUGUCCUCAGGAAACCACAUAGUCAGGAGCCAUUGUUUUUCGUCAGAUUUUUGUACGAUUUGUCGUUCUUCUUGAUUGUCAUCAUCAUCAUCAUUCAAAACCUCAUCUUUGGCGUCAUCAUCGACACCUUUGCUGACCUGAGGGCCGAGAAGAACAGAAAAGAGGAGAUGCUGAAAAACACAUGUUUCAUAUGUGGGCUGGAGAGAGUCAAGUUUGAGAACAAAGAGGUGACUUUUGAGGAGCAUAUAAAGCACGAACACAGCCUGUGGCACUACUUGUUUUUCAUUGUCUACAUCAAGACCAAGGAGUCAACUGAGUUCACUGGUCCAGAGAGCUAUGUCAGCGACAUGAUCAAUACAAGUCCACCAGACUUGGAGUGGUUCCCUCGACUUCGCUGUAUGUCUCUGAACACCGAGGAGGCAGAGAACACGGAGCAGAACGAGAUGAAAGAGCUGAGAGACCAACUCAACGACACCAAUCAGGUCGUGAAACAGCUCUCGUCACAACUCAGUGAACUCAGAGACAGAAUGAUGGAGCAUCGUAAGAACCAGCAGAGGAGCUAUGUUCAGAGGAUUCAGCAGCUUGGUAACCUCCACAACAGAACACAGAGCACUCCUCAAACAGCUCCAGGCACUUCCAAUUCUCCCUUUGUUGCUCAGAGACCUGAAUAACGAUGUCUAUGAGUCUAUCUUUCCGCUCAAUGAGAUUUAGUAUAUUAUAAUACGUAAUGCUGUCACCAUUCAUGCCAAAACUCACAAUGUGCAAUUCAUGUGCUGCAGUUGAAUCAUAGCUUUGAACCAGAAACUCUCUCAAACUGCUGCAAAUUAUUUUUAUUUUCUUUUGUACGAUACAACAUAACUUAAUUGUAGAGUUUGUGAGUUUAUGUUGUGCUAAUGGUUUGCUGCCAUUCGAAGAUGAUGCUAUACGAUAUUCAUUGGCAUUGGCAGCUUCAUUGUGUCACUGAUUUAUCCUUUGAUAUUUUAUCACGUGUUUCUUAGUUAUGCAGUGAAUUGUUGAUAUGUGC